AUAAUUGCACAAUUUAUCAGUCGGUUGCGGUGUUUCUCGAUUUUGCAAGAGAAAAUUUUCUAAAAAAUUCAAAUUUUCGCGAUAAAUGUUGAAAAUUUUAAUAUUUUGACAUGAAAAUCGUAUUCUAUUGAGUUCGAGUACAUUGUGAAGGUUUCCGGCUUCGAAUCAAAUGACCGGUUCGAAGAGUUUAGCUACAUCAAAUGUUGGGAUUUCACUACCUGGAUGUCUCAUUGUCAGUAUAUAAUAAUGAGAAAUUGAAGGCAAACCGAAGUCACAAAUUGACAAGGAAGUAUUCAAAGACUGCAUUCUCUACGGGAUCGAAAAUCUUUUCGGUGAGUUUGGAACUUGCAUUCCGAUCGACGUGGUGAACUACAAUCAAUCGAACAAUCGUGUUAUUCUUAGGUGUCCGAGCUAUUUUUAUCCCAAACUACGAUCCGCGCUAACCCUAACCGGAGAGUAUCAAAACCAUACCUGUUGUUUUUGUGUUCAUCAAGCAUCGACUAAACUUAUAUCGUUCGCUUCUAAAAGUACUUCCUUCAAACACGCUCAUUACAAACAAAAUGUCGUACUGUCGUAAAGAAGGCAAAGACACUAUUAUCUUCGCAACCAAAGAAAACCACGAAGAGCCCAGUACUGUAAAAUUACCACCGAUUGAGAAACCUCCCGGAUUAAUUCUACCGGACGGUAACAUCAACUGGAAUUGCCCGUGCUUAGGUGGAAUGGCAACGGGACCAUGUGGUAUUGAAUUUAGAGAAGCUUUCACCUGUUUUCAUUAUAGUAAGGCUGAUCCUAAAGGAAGUGACUGUUUGGAUCCUUUUCGUACGAUGACUCAAUGUAUGCAGAAUUAUCCGGCUUUGUAUGAUUCCAAAGAUGAUGAAAGUAUGUAUCCUGAGGAUGAUGACGAAUUCGAGCCAAUAGAGCCCAAAGAAUCAGCGACAAAUAAAGUAGAAAGUGCCUCGUCUUCGCAAAGUACUAGUAGUAAGAAGUGAUGUUUAAAGUAGUUGUUUUUUGUUUGUUGUUUCGUGUAGUUUUGUAUAAUACAUUGUUCUAAAAAUCAA